CUAACAUGAAGAACCCUUUUUUCGAUCUCCGAAUCUCCCAAAUGAUGAUUCAGUUACAUCUACAGGUCUACUAUCGCAUUCAGAAGUACUUGAAACCCAUAACCAAGUCCACCGACUUUAUCGGGUACAUUGCCUAAUCAGGCUGCCUCACUUGUCUCCAGGGUCCCAUAACCCUCAGCCUUGUCGCAGAGCUUUCGUCUUGGACCUCGCCCACAUACAUCUGACAAUGGCAGAAAUCUUUGGACUUGUCGCUGCUGCUGCUGGCGUACUCGAUACCCUCAGUAAAGUCAUAUCUCUCAUCGAUAGCAUUCGCAGAGCUCCCCAAGAAGCUCGGGAUGUUGCAAACGAGGUGGAAUCCCUCCGAGCAGUUAUCGAAGUUCUUCGACUGUCUGCAGAGCGUCCGAGUCACAGCCUGCCACCCGAAUGGAUUCAAACUACAUCUACCGUCUUGAUAAAUGCAAAUGCGGCAUCUAGAAGACUGGAAUCAAGCAUACGUACUGGAACGAGUAAGAUGUUUCUCCGAACUCGACUCAAAUGGGUUCUCCGCAGUUCGGAAACAAAUCAGUACUGUGUUCAAUUGCGAAGCUACGCUCAGAUGCUCAAUACUCUUCAAGGGAGCAUACACUGGCAAAGUAGCCAGCGUAUGGAGGCAAUGCUUCGACAAAUACUCUCGCUUCUCAGAGACGGGCAAGGUCUACCGCCGUACACUGAAGCGACUGGUCCAAUAUCCACUCCAGCUCCCGCAAGACCAGUCUCACCAGAGAUUAAAUCGUCGGUCUCGCCAGUUUAUCGAUAUACAACACCAGAUUCACCAGCAGCCACAGAUUCGGAAUCUGACAACGACAAUUCCAACGAUGGCGACGAAAGUGAUUCGUCUGAUUCUGGAGAGUCUUGGGACUUUACCUCUGGCGACGUUGAUGGCGCCACAAUUGGAUCCGGAAAACUGACGGUUGUCGAAGAUGCCGAAAAUCGCAGGGUUCUCCUGAAGAUCAAAGGUACUGAUACUACGACCUUGAAGUACUGGUUGACAUCAAGAACACAAGUUGCAAACUCUUCAGGAGACUUAGAGAUAUCAUACUUGAGUGAUGGCAAGGACCUUCCUCUAGAAGACGGCUUAGCAGAUCUAUACAGUUAUAGUGGAGCACAGGUGCGGAUGUCAAUGUAUAGAUCAGGUAAGGUUUAUCCUAUUCAAAGAAAAUGCGAUUGUUUCCGUGGUCGAGCUAUGUUAAUCACAAUGCCAUAGAUGCUAGCGUUGUUCAACACAAGAUAAGUGGUUAUACAAGAAGUACUUGGGUUAAUCAACAGGAUUUUGCAGAUGGCAUUCCGGGAUCAGAAGACAGUGGUGGUUGCUGUGUUAUGUGAUCUAGUUACUCCCAAACUCGCUUCGGAGUUCACUAUCAUGUCAAGUUGCACUUUUCGUAUGGUCGAGGAUUUUUCGCUACAUGGAUGGCAUGCUAUCGGCGAACUUGGGGAUAGUAUGUGGUGAAACUUGUUUUUUUUUUCUUAUUAAACACUGCGCUUCUAGUACUGGGUUAUGUUCUUAUUGUUUACUAUCGAUACACAACCCUUGCAUUAUUGUAGGGACAUAAUAUUUGGCGACCUGUAGUUAAGUUUGAUUUGCAAGUUUCUAUUCUGCACCCGUCAAGC